AUGACCUUAGACAUCCUAGAAACAGCUGCCACCCUCAGCUGCACUGGAUCAAAUAACAGCCCACGACAAAAAGUGAAUCCAGUGAUACGCCGAUCAAGAAUGGAUAGCAACGAUUCUGAAAACAGCGGGGGUUCGGGAAAGUCACAAGAAUCCCGAACUCGUAAACCGUCAAGAAAAGGUCCUCCCAUGUCAGCCCCUGGAUCCCGGGGAGGAUCCUUCAGGGAACGACCCCAAAGUUCGUCUGAAACUCGACGCUCGCCCACCCCGCGAAAAUCACAGAAAUCGUUAAAAACGAAAAGUGCUGCUUUGACUUCAAACCACAAUUUAAUUCGUGGAGUAGAACGAAACAGAGAAAUUGAAACCAUGGGCCCUAGAAGAAAUUCAAUGCCCAACGUCUCCGGGAACUUUCUGAAAGUCCCUAUUGCCGAAGACAAAGACUCCAGGCUAAGGCGCGUGAGAUCCUUCAAAACAACCUCAAAAGGUAUUGUGGUCAACAGAGGCGAUUCCUUUAAGAAAAAGAGCACCCACAGUUUAAUGUCAACAGGAAGUACUAUAACCGAACCCCGACCACAACACGGAAACAGCCAGCAACAGCUUCAGCCGACCAGCAUAAGUAACAACCAAUUUACUCCUGAUCCACCUGCAACUCCCACAUACUACAGAGUUAUCCUAAUGGGCGCGGCUGGAUGUGGAAAGUCCUUGAUGACCAAACAGUUCAUGACGUCAGACUAUGUUGGAGGAAAUGACGACAGUCAAG